AUGACAAACAUGAUGGCGUCCGAAAUCCAAAUUCAUGUUGAAGACGAACCUUCCCGUGGUACAGACCAGCUUCUGACCCACCUCCGGGAGAUCAGGAAGAUAAAUUUGGCGUUAAGCCAAGACUCUUCUCCCGAGAUCCUAACAGAUGUAUACUCAAUCAGCAUUCUCGCGACGGAUUUUGGUGGCCUUGGUCUCACUCCAGCCCAACAGCUAAGUCCCAAACAAGAGGCAGAACUUCUCUUCCUCGUAUCUGCAUGGCUAGAAUCCUUGAAUUCAGCAGACCGAAGCAAGUCGCCUCCUGAACCUCUCACCUCACGGCCUAAAGGUAGAAGAGGCAUGACGUUGAGCGAAAAGAUCUUCGCUGCGCAUGAUAUUGAAAGGAGGGGCGAAUUGAAGCCAGGAGAUAUGGUGAGAGUGGACGUUGAUUGGAUUAUGGCAUCUGAGCUUUCGUGGGCGGGUAUGGAACGUGCAUACAAUUCUCUGGGAAAGCCAGGAAUUUUUCGAAAUGACAGGUUCUGGCUCGCGGGUGAUCAUGUCGUAGAUCCGCGGAUCAAGGCUGUGCCUCAGGUUAAGGAUCUUGUUGCUGCCAGUGAAAGAGCACGAGACAACUUCCGAAUGACGGAGUAUCAAGGGAUGAAUUACACUAUCAUGCACACGGAAUUCUGUCGAGAACGAGCCCAGCCAGGGAUGCUGGUUAUUGGCUCUGAUUCACACACAUGCUCCGCUGGAUCAGUCGGAUGUCUCGCCAUCGGUCUUGGUGUCUCCGAUGUCACAAUGCCACUGAUCAUGGGAGAGACCUGGUUCAAAGUUCCAGAAAGCGUGAACAUCCGGCUCAUCAAUGCCCCCGGCCCAGGAAUUGGAGGUAAAGACACGAUUCUAUAUAUAAUGAAAGAAUUGAAAAGAAACACGGUGGCUGCCGACAGGGUGGUGGAGUUCACUGGUCCGGGAGUAGAGCAUUUGUCUUGUGAUGCUCGUUUUGCAAUUGCAAACAUGACAACGGAAUUUGGCGGCAUCACUGGAAUAUUUGUCCCCGAUCAAGUGACCUACGACUUUAUCAAUCGACGCAAGUUGUCUCACCACAAGAAGAAUGCCGCAUAUUUUCGUCCUGAUGAGGAUGCGGAAUACGCCUCGACUUAUGUCAUUGACCUUGCUCAAGUUGAGUCUUUUGUCGCGCUGUACCCAAAUCCUGAUGAUGUUGUUCCCGUGAGUAGGAUUGAGGGGACACAUCUGGAUGGAUGUUUCAUAGGGGCUUGCACGACUGCAGAAGAGGAUCUCAUUAUUGGCGCCAUGGUUCUCGAAAUUGGAUUUGGGAAAGGACUACUUCCGAUCAAAGAAGGCAAAAGAAGGGUAGUUCCCGGCUCGUUGCCUAUUUUGAAUAAACUGAAAAAGUUGGGCUUUGUGGAUAUCUACGAGAAGGCGGGUUUUACAGUCGGAGUCCCUGGCUGUAGUUACUGUGUCGGUAUGGGUGCUGACAGGGCUGGCGAGGGCGAGGUGUGGCUUUCAUCACAGAAUCGCAACUUCGAGAACCGUAUGGGAAAGGGUGCUAUUGGUAAUCUCGCAUCAGCCGCUACCGUAGCAGCAUCUUCUUUCGCGAUGAAGGUCACCGACCCAAGACCUUUCCUUGAUGGCAUCGAUCAGGUUCGAUUGCAAACGAUCCUUGGUUAUCGUCAGAAGAUGGCAUCAGACAAGCCCACCUAUGUCGAGCCUAGUGGCACUCCAGCAUCGAAAGGACCUUCAAGUGCCUCCACACAGACUUCGACUGGAAUUCCUUCACCGCAGCCACCAGAAGAAACCAGUGUUACUUCAGACUCCACUUUCUCAUCAGAUAACCUUCGAGGAAAAGUACAGCGUCUCGGCGAUUUCAUCGAUACCGAUGCCCUCGCUCCCGCCGAAAUCCUCACCCUCUGCAAAACCAAUGAAGAAUUCGGCCAGCACUGCCUCAAGCACACGCACCCCGACUUCCGCUCCCGCGUCAAAGACGGCUAUAACGUCGUCGUAGCCGGACGCGCCUUCGGAUGUGGCAGCUCGCGCGAAAACGCCGUAAGUGCGCUCCUCGGCGCCGGGGUCAUCUGCGUGAUCGCUCGCUCGUUCGCUUUUAUCUACGGACGGAACCAGCCGAACCUAGGCUUAUUAGGAAUCACGAUUACCGACGAGAGCUUCUACGAGGCCGCAGUCGACGGGGUAGAGAUCGCGAUUGAUCUGGCGAGGCGCAAGGUCGUGCUCGCGGGGCGGGAGUGGGGGUUUAAAUUGAGUCAGAUGGAGAGGGCGUUAAUCGAGGCAGGAGGAAUCUCUAGCGCGUUUAGGAAGUUUGGAAAGAGGUUGUUUCAUGUUAUGUGUGCGCCGAAGGGGCGGGUGCCGGGUAAAGAUAUUACGAUGGUGGAUGGGAGUUGUGGAAAUGGCGCUGAGAUGCAGUGGUAGAUAGACAAAGAACCUGAAGUGAGAGUUGACGCUUGUGGAAGUUGUAUAUACGCCUAGGUAGCAAUAUAAAUAGCCUAACAAGUAAACGGC